AUCAUUCCGCGUCAGAAAACGUGCGUCGCGUUUGUUGUUGGAACUCUUCGCUAGAGCGAGAGGGACUUAUUUAUAUAUGUAUAUAUAUAUUAAAAAGACAAACUUCCAGAUCUUAAUUUGAGCCCAUACGUGAUUUGAAACGGCAUGGAUGACGAAGAGGAAACAUACCGGCUGUGGAAGAUCCGCAAAACUAUCAUGCAGCUCUGCCACGACAGAGGCUAUCUGGUGACACAGGAUGAGUUGGACCAAACUCUGGACGAGUUCAAGAGCCAGUUUGGGGACAAACCCAGCGAAGGUCGUCCCAGACGCACGGACCUCACGGUCCUGGUGGCCCACAACGAUGACCCCACUGACCAGAUGUUCGUUUUCUUUCCCGAGGAGCCCAAGGUAGGGAUAAAGACGAUUAAAAUGUACUGCCAAAGGAUGCAAGAGGAGAACAUCACACGAGCCAUCAUCGUUGUUCAGAUGGGCAUGACACCUUCAGCAAAACAGUCUCUGGUGGACAUGGCACCAAAGUACAUUUUGGAACAGUUUCUACAACAGGAGCUGCUCAUAAAUAUCACAGAGCACGAGCUUGUACCGGAGCACAUUGUCAUGACGAAAGAGGAAGUUACUGAACUUCUGGCAAGAUAUAAAUUAAAAGAAAGUCAGCUGCCGAGGAUUCAGGCUGGAGACCCCGUGGCUCGAUACUUUGGCUUGAAAAGAGGACAGGUGGUGAAAAUCAUCAGACCCAGUGAAACGGCUGGAAGGUACAUCACAUACAGGCUGGUCCAGUGACAGAAAGGAUCUUUGACAGAAACUUGGCAUCAUGGAUUUCUCCUCGUCUGCGAGCUAUCCACCUCCUUUACUUAUUGAGCUGAAUUUUUCUUGUAAUUUCUAAUUUUGUAAAAUAAAGUCAUAAUUCAAUGGAAA